AUGGAAACAGACAUAGAGAAUAAGAAUAAGAAGUUGGACGAGUCGAUAUAUGGAGUAAAUACUAGCGGAAGUGAUUCGGAAGAAGAAGAGGAAGAAACAAAACACGAGGAAGUUGAAGUUGACCAGGGUAAGAGGUUCAAAGCGAAAAGGGCACAGUCACGAUUUGCGGAGAGUGAGAGUGAGAGUGAGAGUGAGGGUGAAAAUGAAAAUGAAAAUGAGAGUGAGGAUAAGAGUGGAGAUAAGAGUAAAGAUGAGGAAGAAGAUAAAAGUGAAGAUGAAAAAGAUGAAAAUUCGGAGAAGCAGAUCGAGGAAGACCAAUAUAAAGAAGAAUACGAUGAAAUAGAGGAGAUGGAGAAACAGUUGGCCAAUGAGGGCACGUUUGGAAUACACAAGAUGAAGAAACUUACACCCGAACAACUAGAAAAGGCACAGAAACGAAUAAAAAGAAGUGGAGUGGUGUAUCUGUCCUCAAUGCCGCCAUAUAUGAAGCCAACAAAGCUCCGGCAGAUUAUGGAGAGGUUUGGGGGUGUUGGGCGGAUAUUUUUGAAGCCGGAAGACACAAAGUCACACAAGUCACGUGUCAAGAGUGGGGGAAACAAGAAGCGGAAGUUUGAUGAAGGUUGGUGUGAGUUCAAGAGCAGGAAGGCGGCAAAAUUAGCAGCAGAAACGUUGAAUGGCAAUAUAAUAGGAGGGAAAAAGCGGGGAUUCUACCAUGACGAUAUUCUGAAUGUGAAGUAUUUGAGAGGAUUCAAGUGGGGGGACCUUACGAGGGCUCUAAACAGGGAGAAGGAGGUUAGAGAGAGCAAGAUGGAGGCUGAGCUUGCCCGGGAGAGGAGGAUGAACAAGGCGUUUAUCGAAAAUGUCGAGACGAGUAAGAAGUUCAACAAUAUAAGGAGGCAGAGGUCGAAAAAACGCCAAAGAGAGGAAAAUGAGCCAUCUGGUGCAAAGAGGCAGGAAGUUCAGCCUAAGCCGGAAAUUCGCCGGACAUUUAAGCAGAGAUCUGUUGUUACAAACAGGGCUGGUGCCAAGGAGUCGGAUAAACUGGCUUCGAGGUCGUCCAAUCAGCAUAAGAAGCUUGAGUCUGUAUUGGGCAAGCUUUUUUGA